UUAUUAUUAUUAGGUCUAUGGUCAGAUUGUAAGAAAUUUAGGUUAGAUUCUAUCUGCGUCAAUUUUAUGACAGUUAUAUAUGAAGUUAGAGGUUAUGAUGGAGGGCCAGAUGUUUAAAUAUAUUAUCACAGAUUACUAAAUUUGGAAAUCCAUCAUUUGAUAUACAUAUAUAUACAUUAUUUAUUUUCAUGUAAUAUCGAUUUUUUAUAAAAUUUGAGGAAUCGGAUAAUCGAUUCACAUCUUCGUGGUCAAGGAGCUGAAUCUGAAAAAUUUCAAUCAACAUACAAUUUUUAUUGGAAAAGAUCACAAGGAAAGUGGGGAAACAAUAGAUUAUUGAAAAUAUAUCUAAAAUCCUAAUACACUAUAGAUGACUAAUAAGAGUUCAUCAUCUACUCUUGCUUUGCAAAAUAUUCUUGUACAGGGAGGAAUUAAUCCACCUGAAAUAGAAUCUUUAUCAAACAGUCAAUGUUCUGUGGGUAGGAUAUUCAUAGCAAAAAAUAUCCCACAAUUUAAGGAGAUAAUUCCUGAAUGUUCCAAAAUUAUUGCAACCCAUGAACAUAGAAAUAUACCAUCUGCAGGUUUUGAUAAUAUGAAAGCUAUCAAAAUGAAUAUAGAUACAUCAAAUCAACCAGAAACUCAAAAACUUGGGCCAAAAAAAUUUGUCUCGAAGCUACCAAGUGAUACAAAUAAAAAUUGUUCACGAUUUAAGGGAAUAAGAGAGAAAAAACUGCAUAAAACAAAUUAUUCUUCGAAUUCAACUGCCCAUAAUAAAGUAUUAAAAGAAAAGAUUAGUGCUAAACAGAUGGUGAUGAACAUAUCAUCUUUACCAACUUUUCUUGAUAAUAUUCAUCAAAAUAGCUCUAACAUAAUAUCUAAUAAUGAAAUAAAUUUGGAAUCUACAAAGGCUAUCAGAAAACAGAAGGUUUUUUUACCCGAAUUGAAUGAAGACUGUCAAAGAGACAAUGAAGAAACCGAAAUUAGGAAACAGCCAAACAAAGAUAAGAAUAUUAGUGCUUCUUAUGAGCAAGAUCCCCUAUUUAUUCCUGCAGUGCAAGGAAGAGCCAAUAAUUCCAGACCUAUUAACUCAAUGGAAGAAUCAUCAUAUUUAGGUAAUGAAUUAACACAGAAAAAAUUAUUUGUACAUUUCAACAAUACAAAUAGAAUGAAAAAUAUGCCACUAUUCAAUGGUUCUGAAACAUAUAAAGGUAUUGAUGAAACAAAUCAUUUGAAUAAUUUUGUUUCUCCCUUGAUAUUUUCUGAAAAAUCAAGUGAUGCAAAACAUUUUACAUCAACAAAUGAUACAUUUCAGAACAGAGUACCUAAAACAAAUAAUAAAAAAAAAAUCUUUAAAAAAAAUAGGUCACCUCCUAAAAAUUCAAAAUUCGAAAUUUCAAAAAUUGUUGAUUCAGAUUUAAUUUAUAAAAAUAAACUUAUUCAUUGUGCACAAAAAAAAUCUGACAAUUGUAGAAAUUUCUUCAUUAAAAAUUCUGCGUGGGACUACUUGGAGCCGAUAUUUAAAGGAUUUAACGAAAGGGAAGAAAAUAUUUCAAAAUCAUGUUCCAAAUAUUUUCGUCAGUUAUCUGAUAGCUUGUACGAAUAUGAUAGAAUAAGACAUGCGCUCUCAGAAAAUGAUUUAUACUAUACCAGAAAAAUUGAAUUAUUAGAUGAAAAAGGGAGAUUAGAUAAAGUGUUAUAUAUCCCUCCUCAGGAGGAAAAUGGAAAUAAAAAAAAAUCUGUAGCAAAUAGAACAAAUAAUAUGGUCUCUUCAAUCAAGAGAUGUAAAAUAAUUCUGGAAAGAAGUGAUACUGUAGAAGAAAAGGUAAAUAAUUAUUUAUUAAAACAGAAACUUAACUCCAAUGUACUUCAUCAUCUAAGUGUCUUUGAAGGUGAUGUGAAAAAGCCAUUGAUUAUUUUGAACAAAUAUAACUUUGGAGUUUUGAAAAUUACUGAAACUUUAUGUAACCAUGCGAAUAUUAUGUAUGUAAAAGAUGAAGAAGAUGAAUUUCCUGAGAAACUUUUUGAAUGUAGUUUUCUUCUUGAACAAAUCGAAAAAAAAAUCAUUAAAUUAAUAUCAACAAAGGCACUGAGAAAUUAUUUGACAUAAAACUAUAGUAAUUUAACUUGUACAAGUAUUUGUGUCUACUUUAUUCAUGAUAUUGAGGUAAUUGUAUGGAAUUGUUUCUUCAUGAAUACUACAGUUAGUUCUAUUGAACCAUUAGUGGUUGAUAUCUGUUUAUAACUCAUUUUAUCUAUAAAUUUGGAGAUAUCUCAGAAAUUGAUUGAAAUUAUUUAAAAGAUGUUGCUCCCUGUGGAAGAUAUAACUUGCAUAAAAUUAAAUUUUGGAAGAGUGUUUUGAAAAAUAAUGUAUACAAAGAAAUGAAGAAAUUAGUUUUGUUUUUAAUAUUUUUUUAUAAAGGUUAUAAUAGUUUGUUGCAAUUGAGUGAAUAAAAGUUGAAAUGAUGCAAUUGAAAAUUUUUGCAUUAUCAUUGGAUUUAGUUCAAUAUAUUUAUUAGUUUCAAUUUCUAUAUUAUAAUAAUGAUGUAUUCAAAGUCACAUAUACAGAUGUUAAUAAACUAUAUCCAAAGUUUUGAUCAAUGUGAACAAGUAAUGAGUGUGGUGGGUGGUCAUCUCUUAUUUUAUGUUGUGAUGUUGUUCCGAUGUAUUCUAAUAUUGUCGAGUUGAAAUACAUGCUUAAUGUGAACUAUA